AUGAGCUCUACGACGGCCUACGCCUUCGACGACCGAGACCUAGACAAUGCGGCUUUAUGGGCAAUCAUUGACUCCGCCGCCGCCGCUUCACUUUUCUCGGCCAAAACCUCCCCGAGACCUAACGCCAAACCUUUCACCCCCAUUGCCUUCCCCCUCAACUCUCCGCAACCGCAAUUCGACAGCCGAAGUCGAAAUAAUCGCCAUUGUCACAACAACAACCUCGACGGCGAGGUGGUACAGAAUCACCGCCCGCACAAAAUUCUGAGAACAACUAGCACGCCGCGUUCCACUCCUCAGCAGCUAAUGGUGGUGAAGCACGUGAAUCGCUCGCCGAUCACUCCUCCGGCGUACAAUGCCGACUCCACGGAGAUGAGAAAUCUCGCGGUGACGGAAUUUCAUAGUCCUAAUGCGUCGUCUCUGAGCUGUGACAAGCCGGAGCCCAGGCAUAGUUUGGCCGGUCAGUUUCCGACUGUUUCGCUGUUCAAGGAGUACCAAAAUGCUGCUAUGGCGAUACUGGAGAAAAGUGACUAUACCAUGAUAUCAGGAAAUACUUAUAUCAAGAAGUCAGGUUGGAGGAAGAUAUCUUUCUACUUCAAUCUCUCUUUUGAGAUUAAAGACAAGACCAUUGAGUUUGAUGACAACCGCAAUGUUCAGCGUGCUGAACUUGUUGUUCGUGCUUACAUGCAAGGUGGAAGAUUCUCAGACGGAUGGGGUUCCUGUGAACGACGCGAGAAGAAGUUCUCAAAACCAAAUCAUGAUAUUCCUAGCACAGCAGAAACAAGGGCCAAAAAUAGGGCAUGUCAGGACUUGCUUGGAAUUGGUGAGUACCGGCCAGGUGCCAGGCAUGCUUCGGGGUGAAAUAUAGUUCAGAAACUCAAAAUGCAUACAACUGAAAUUACCGAAGGUAAAGUUGAACCGAACUUACUUUUCCCUCUUAUAUGCAACUACACAUUGUUGUAUGUACUGAAGGUCAAGAGGUAAACCACUAUAUGGGAUUAAUCUGCUUAACUUCAGCAAGUUAACAAACAGAAAUUAAUACUGAUAUGUUAUCAUUCAUAAUCUGAAAGUGAUUAUGUAAUGUAGUUAAUGUAUCAGAAGCUUUUAGCAUACAGUAA